ACUACUACUGCCACCCAUAUGUCCUGCAGCCAUCUCCUAUCUUAAGUACUACGCUUUAGAACGAGAGACGAGAAAGAGAGAUAGAGAUGGAAGAAGUGGUGCUAUCAAAACCGGUAAUCCUACCAGCUUUCCAGGCAGAAGAAAUCCACUGCAUUGGAAGAGCUUUUAGCUCCAGUUUGAGUGCACGAGAGAAGAAGCUAGUCUGCGUCACCAGUGGGAACUCUUACUUGGGUUCUCAUAUAGUUAAGAAGCUCUUGGCUAAUGGCUACCUUGUUCGAGUCACCAUUCAAAACCCAGUGGAUUUUGAAGACGUAAAGCAACUCAUGAAAGAUGAAGAGAUAGACCAACUAGAAAGUGUUGUAGUAGCAAAACUACAAGAUUUGGAAAGUCUUUGUGAAGCAUUUAGAGGUUGUCAUGCCAUUUUCCACACCUCAUCUUUCAUAGAUCCGCAUGGGAUUUCUGGUUAUUCAGAAAAUAAGGCAUUUCUGGAGACUGAGGUUGCAAGAAAUGUUAUUGAAGCUUGCAGUAGGGCAGCAUACGUGAAGAGGUGUAUUUUCACUUCUUCUCUUCUUGCAUCUGUCUGGAAUGAUGACAAUCUAAACAGAGCUAUAGAUGAGAGUAGUUGGAGCAACGAGGAAUUCUGCAGAGAAAACAAGCUUUGGCUUGCCUUGGGGAAGACGAAUGCAGAGAAGGCUGCUUGGAGGAAGUCAAUGGAAUUGAAAGUGAAGCUUGUAGCAAUCUGCCCUGGCCUUCUCAUGGCUCCUUCGUUCCCCUAUGCUCACAAAGACACUUCUAUACCGUACCUUAAGGGGGGCUCGGUCAUGCUACGACGAGGCAUGCUAGCAACCGGAGAUGUUAACAAGGUAGCAGAAGCACACGUCGUGGUUUAUGAAGCCAUGGAUGAUGGAGCCUUCGGGCGAUAUCUUUGCUUUGAUAAGGUAGUAGAAAGAUUGGAUGAGGGGAUUCAACUGGAAAAUGAAUUGAAGAGGCAUGGACUGCCAUCUGGAAGUUUGGUGUUAGCUGAAGAAAUAGAAGAAAUACACAGCAAACUUUGUAAUUCAAAGCUAGCCAAAUUGUUACUUGAAGGUUCUCAAGGCAAAUCUUGCAGGCAGUGACUCAGUAGUCUAUCAUUGAUGACGUGUUUUGUGAUACUAAUUCAUGAACCAUGUUGGGCUCACAACAGAUACAAUAAUCUACAGCAACUCCCAUUAAUUUAUUCCUGGAAAUGGAAAAUGAAACAGCUAGGCAGAAAAGACUGAGCACAAAUUCAAAUCAUGCCAGAGUAGAAAGUGAAACUGGUAAUGAGAAUUAAUGAAUACUUAAAAUUCAAAUUAUGAUAGUCAAGUGAUUUUCUAUUA